AUGUCUCUCGCCAACGCCAAGUUCCCUGCCUCGCAGGCUUUCGACGCCAUCGCCGCGGCGCUCGGUAGCGAUGCCGACCGCAAGGAUGCCAUCAAGCAGGGCAACGCCGUCUUCGCCUUUACCCUCAAGAACAAGGCGGGCGAGACGGCGAGCUGGCACAUCGACCUCAAGGAGACGGGCAAGGUCGGCGCCGGCACCGGCACCAAGCCCACAGUCACCCUCUCCCUCUCCGACGACGACUUCGGCAACCUUGUCCUCGGCAAGGCCAACGCCCAGCGCCUCUUCAUGUCCGGCAAGCUCAAGAUCAAGGGCGACGUCAUGAAGGCCACGAAGCUGGACCCCAUCAUGAAGAAGGCCCAGGGCGCCAAGGCCAACCUGUAA